CACACCUCUUUAUAAAUGGACCUUGCUUUCUUAUCAUACAUGUCUCUCUCUCCCUCUCGCUUUCCACACCUGUAGCAACCAAAAACAAUGGCGCUCAAGCUUUAUGGUCUUCCUAUGUCCACAAACACCACCCGUGCCAUCAUCUGUCUCCAUGAGAAAGAGGUCGAUUUUGAACUUGUUCCGGUCAAUGUUUUCACUGCAGAGCAUAAACAGCCUCCUUUUCUCUCCAAGAACCCCUUUGGUUUGAUUCCAGUACUCGAAGACGGUGAACUCAUUCUUUUUGAGUCCAGGGCCAUUACUGCAUACGUAGCUGAAAAGUUCAAGGAAACAGGACCUGAUCUGAUAAGGCACAAGGACGUAAAAGAAGGUGCACUGGUGAAGGUGUGGACGGAGGUAGAGGCUCACUACUACGAGCCAGCAGUGUCACCUAUUAUCUACGAGCACUUCGUGGCCCCUUUCCAAGGCAAAGAACCAGACAAGUCAGUGAUUGACACCAACGUUGAGAAGCUUAAGAAGGUGCUGGAUGUGUACGAGGAAAAGCUGAGCAGCACUAAGUACCUUGCUGGGGACUUUUAUAGCCUUGCUGAUCUUAGCCAUGUCUCUGAAACUCACUACUUAAUGCAGACCCCUUGUGCUUCCAUGAUCAAUGAGCGUCCCCAUGUAAAAGCUUGGUGGGAAGAUAUCUCUUCUAGGCCUGCUUUCAGUAAGGUUGAGCCAGGAAUGACUUUUGGUAAGAAUCAAGAAUGAGUGUUUCCAUGUUCUGUGAGGUUCUUAAGGCUUAGUGUGUUGUACUAUGUUGUCUAGUGUAGCAACUAUGAUCCAAGUCUUGCUUAUUUUCAUUUCAAGUAACUAGAGUUUGGAAAACCAACCAGCUUUUAGAGUGUCUUUAGGAAGGACAAUUUGAGUUCCGUUAUCUUCAUUUGAUUAAUUUAGAAAACUAAUUGAGUUGUAGUGUUUGAACGUAAGUUAAAUCCUUUACAUCAUUAA